AUGGACCUGCCGAUCGACCCAAGAGGCGGCCCUCUGCAGGUGGCCAUGGCGCUGCAGCUCUCGGGCCAGGAAGGGCCAGUGCCGCCCGAACUUCCCUUUUACUUCCCCGGCGACGAUGAAGCACAGGUGGGAGGAGCCCAGACGGCUGCCCUGACGCUGUCGUCGGGCCACGCAAUGGUCCCGGUUAGCGACGACGAGGCCUUCAAUUGCUGGCCGCAGGACGCGAUGGAUCUCGAUUACGACACUGAGCUGGCGUCGUGGUCUGCUACCACGCUCAUGUCGGAUGCUGCUGAGCCCAUGUUCAAGAACCCCCCUGUGUCUGCCAGCUUUGUCGAGCUGAACACGCCAGCGACCGCAACUCUCGCACGACACGUCCCAGGCCCGGACGACCUGCUGUUCCCCGAUGACGAGACGGUGACUGUGGUCUGCGGAAAUGAGGCAGCGGGAGAGAUGCAGCAGGCCGGUGUCGUAUCCACAGAAGGCAUUGUUCGCCCACAACAGCAACAUCAGCAACAACAGCAGCAACAGCAACAGCAACAACAGCCGGCUCUGCUUGAUCUCAACGACCCAGCCACGCUUGAUCUCUACGACGAGAUGCUGCUCUUCUCUCGUGGCGGCAGCGGCAAAGCGACGGAAUCUCAGCUCGCGUUCAGCGAGUGUGACGCCGCCAAGGAGACCAUCCUGCGUCGGCUGGCCAUGAAGCUGAAGCUCAGCUACAGCUACAAUCCAGUUCAACGCCGUGCUUGCAUCUGGAAGCCACUGGCCGCGGCCGCUGCCACGCCAAACAAGCGCGCACAUCCAACGGAACGGCGACACACAUUGGCCAACCCGUUGACCAACUCGUUGACUGGCUCGUUGACUGGCUCAUUAACCAGUCCGCUGACUAAUCCGCUGACCAACCCGCUAAUCAACCCGCUCAUCUUUACGUCGCCGCCAACACCACAGGCCUCAUACACGGCCCUCGAGGAAGACGACAGCACCGAUAGUCCGACUCUGGGCGACCGUCUGUCCAGCAGCUGGAGCAUCUUUCACUCGGGCAUCUCGUCGCGGCGACCACGCGGCCGUCGCGGCCCGCUGAGCGCCAAGAGCCGUAAGGACAUCAAGGACCUCGAGUGGGCCGGUGGCGCGUGUUGGCGCUGCAAGAUCCUCCGCCGCAAGUGCGAUCCCGGCGUACCCUGCAAGAACUGCCCGGCUCCGGACUUGCGCGAAGACGCGCCGCCCUGGCCGCUGAUCGGCUGUCGGCGUGGCAGUCUGCGUGAUGCCAUGCCGCCACAGGCCUUGUGCACCAGUUCGCGGGCCUUGCUGUCGUCGGAUGGAGACCGGUCUUCACGUCGGCUCUCGGCCGUGCUUGAAUCGGACCAGCCCCAGCCGGACGUGGUGUCACAGUGCUUCCACGAGGCCGAGGCCCAGUGUCUGUUCGACAACAAGCUCGUGCUGGAAAACCCGUCCAUGUACCUGCGGGCUCACGGCAAGUCUGAGGCGGCCCAGCACUUUUCACAGGCUAUCCGCAACGGGCGGUACCGUGCCAACGAGUCUCUGCAGGCGCACUGUCACGUGCAUGAGCGCACAACCACGUACUCGGAGCUGAUUGCUCGCAUUGCCUGGGACCUGGCUGACAAUGGCGAGAGUCUGUACGUCCUCGAGAUCGAAUCGGUAGACGGCUUCAUGCUGAUGCUGGAGACGGCCUGCGUGUAUGAAGUCGAGGUGGGAAAUUCUCCAAUGGUGGCGUUGUCGAUCGUCUGUCUGCGCUGCUGCAUGGAUGCCCUACGGCUGAGCGCGGCCAACCUGCUGAGCCGCCAGCUGCAUGGAGGCUGCCAGAAGGACCGAUGCAGCAUCGACUGCCUGCGCGAGCUGGCCCUGUGCAUUGAGACGUACAUUGAGGAGCUGUCGCUGCUGAUGUUCCGCAAGGUUAAUCUGCGUGAUCGCCGCUGGUGGCUGUCGACCUUUUACAGCCUCUGCAUCCAGGCGUAUGUGCGGCGCGCCCUGCUAGCCAUCGAGCAGCAGCAGCUGUUUCCCGGGAUGGACGAUGUCGACGUCGAUGUGCUGUACAGUAGCCAGUACCUGCAUCUGGUCACCGUGCUCUUCAUCGCCGUGUCCUUUCAGUAUGACCCGCUCGUGGCCGGCAACGGCGGCCUGCGUCUGCAGCAGGCCCUGCUGGCCGAGGAGGACGGUCCGGGCUGGAUAGCCAGCUCAAACACCACUUCCAACACAGCAUUGACGUCGUCGAGCGUGCCGGAACGCUAUUUCGCCGUCGGCCGAACUGCCUGCGUCGUUGAUCAAUGGCUGGACGAGGGCAUCAAGUCGUCGUACCAGUUCCUCACCCGGCUGCUCAACAUCGGCUCGCUCGACUUUGACAUGGGCCAUACUGGUGGAAAUAUCAACAACACGGCCGUGACCAUGACCACCUGUCGGAGCAGCAGCCGAUGCGACAACAUCAUUCUUGAGGAAGGCAUGGAUGCCGUCCUGCCGCUUCGUCGGCCGCAGCACAAACCCGACCAUGCCUCUUCCUUUUCCGGCUACUCCACGCCCAACUCGUCGUCCACGAGCUUUGCCAGUUCGCUGUCGGCGUCGCGGUCCAACGGAAUCACGAGCCCGCCGUCGUCCUGUGGUCCGCUCUCGUCCGCCUCGUCGCCCCGGACCUCCCUCUUCAUGUCGGACCGUAGGAGCAGCAUCGGCUCUCUGCCCAGCCGGCUCUCGGUCGCCUCGUUUCCGGCUGCGUCUGUCGACCUGCACGGUAACGCCCUGGUCCCGCCAGCCGGCAGUACACCAGCCCAUCUCUGCACCUGCUGUCCCAAACGGCCGCAGCGCUUCGACACCGCCGAGGAGCUGCGGCUGCACCAGACCAAGAAGCCGCACAUCUGCGCCUUCUGCGGCCGCCGCUUCAGCCGCAUGAACGAGGCCGAGCGCCACAUCACCACCAUCCACCUGCGCCCCUUCUCCUGGUCGUGCGGCCGUUUGCGCAAGCCGCUGCGUGCAUAUCAAUGCGUCACUGACGGAAACGCCGCCUUUGACGUCUGCGGCUUCUGUGGCCGUCAGUUCCAGCGUCCGGCCGGCCCAGAAGUCGACGGCCAUAGCCAGGAUGGCCAGGAUGGUCAGGAGGGGGACAACCAAAACAUCCAGAGCACCCAGAACAAUGAACGGCUCACUGCUCACAUCGAGCAGGACCACAAGCUGCACGAGUGCAAGGCCAGGGGCAAGAAGUUCUUUCGCGAGGACAUGUUUGGACAGCACCUGAAGCUGUCGCAUGCAGCUGAACCGGGCAUCUGGCUCAAGUAUCUGGAAAACGUCUGCAAGGCCGACGAGAAGGAGAAGCCGGCCGAGGAAGGCUGA